AUGCCCCCCAAAAGACGCCAAAGCGGGGCCACAAACACUCGGCUCUCCUCGGCGAAGACAGGUUCUCGGAAGCUCACCUUGUCCUGUUCGCGAUGUAGAGCUUCUAAACUCCAAAUGGCGUGUCUCAAGCGCGACAUCGGCCAUCUUUGUACCAAGGAUGAGCGUCAGCCCAGAGCAAAACGGACCAAAGUGGCUCCUAGCAACGACGGCAGUGAAUCACAACCACAAAAUACCCAGCCUCAUGCGAACCGCACCUCAUCGCAGCCGAAAGAUUCGGAGGCCAAAGAGGCAAUGCAUAUUCUGGAAAAAUACAUCGACGAUUCCCCCGUCGAGCGAACAUCAUGCUUGGUCGCGCCUGAUCAUCCCAACCUCUACUGGUCUACCCAACCACAAGCGUAUCAGGCUGGCUUGUUCCGCGAAAUCAUCAACUCCCUGCCAGAGAUUGAUAUCAUCCACUUGCUCCACGAAGUAUUCCUUAUCCGUUGUCAAGGGCCUCUGGGAAAUGUGAUCCAUACCCCGACCUUUGCAAGACAGUUGGAAAUCUUCCGUGACUGCCUCCGUACUCCGCCGGGGGAAUUUAGACUCAUGGAGCUAAUCGACAACAUAUCCAUGGAAACAAAUGCCCUGUCACCUUAUGGCGGUCUCGUACUAGGCCUCGCCUUUCAUCCGGCGCCUACUGUGGAGCAGCUCCAAGGGUCUGAUGUGCACGCUAAGACGUGGCGAUCGCUUGCCCUGCGUUGCCUUCAAGGGUCUAUGUCGCUGUUUGUUGGGUCGAUUGCCAGCCUACAGGCGGCCGUCAUGCUGUUGCUCGACGGGCAAGAGGAUCCCGCUGCGUUGGAUGUGAUUCUGGUCAGUGCAAUAUCGGGAGCACGGAGACUCGGGCUACACUUUCUUGGGGAGGCGAAGCUGGCGGUUCCUCAGGGGGCUGGCUCAAAAUUUGCAAUGGAAUCACACAUCCGAACGGAGAUUGGGAUCCGCAUAUGGUGGGCACUCGUCAUGCGGGACUGGUCCCGCGGACAGGCAUUGGGUUACUAUAGCAUCCAUCUUACGCAGUUCAACACGCGGAUGCCACUGCACAUCAAUGAUGGCGAUCUCCGUCUGCGGACCAAGCAAGUCGAUACCGACGGUAAUAUCUCCGGGCGACCUCGUUCCGAGUUUACGAUGCUUUCCUACACGGUGUGCGCGCUGGAGCUUGCCGUUCUUGUGCGCGAAUCCCUCGAUAUUCGUGGCCCGGUUCAACAGCCACGAAAUCGAGGCCAAGAAGCCAAGAUGCGACUGCUAGAUCACUCCCGACCGGGGGGCAACAUUGGCCUGAAUGCCACCGGGCCCCUGGCAGCAAUCCCGCUACAACGAUGGAUGCUACAUCAACAGCUCCGGGGCCUAUCUCUGCGACUACAUCGAGGAAGCUUAUCACCCCAGGGCGGUCGCAUGUCGUGCCAACUGCUGGCGCAGAAUAUCAUCGGCACUUAUGCGCAGAUCAAAUCCCGCUCCCAGGUUUUCAAUGCGGCCGCCGUGCUGGUCCUGGGAUUGAUGGUAUCGCCGAGUCGCGAGGAUUGUACGGGCUCUCAGUUAGCUCGAAUGAUGUCGCGGGACAAGGCUCGAGAAGCGAUUGAGCUGCUACGGACGCAAAGCAAGGACAGCAAGGCCUCGACGCACAUGGCCCGGGAAAAGGCUGCCCGGAGAUGUAUCCACGCGCUGGAAGCCUUGAUGCAGCUGGAGGAGAUCUCUGGGCCGGCGGCAGAUGCAGAUACGAAUGGUCCGGAUGGAUCUCUCAAAAUCAAGGUGAUGGAUGCUUUACAGGCACUUUCAAGCACGGAUGCCGACAUGGAACACACAAACAGCGAGUCAGUUGCCAUCAUGCCGUACCCAGUGGCGAGCGUAAAAUUGUAUGAACCCGACGUUCUCCCGGGCCCUUCUAAUGAUCCCAGCGGUAACUUCUGGGGGUUCCUCGAUUGUGAUCUCUUUCCUGAGCUACCUGGGAGGGAUGCCUUGCCUCUGGCUCCCCCGCAGUAG